AAGAAAUUUCAGUUCACAGAGAGAGAGAGAGAAGGAGAGAAAGAAAGAGACACUAGGAGGGAGAAGGGCAGGGGAAGCGCUGUAGCUUCCUUCCAUCACUAAAGCAAUAACCUAUUAGGAUUUUCUUUGGCACCUAUCACCCCAGAGAUGCAAAGAAGGAGAGAGAAGCCUCAACCAGCCCAACUCUGACAUUUCUAAUAAGAACUUACAGACUUAACAUGCCUGCCUCUCUACACUGAGGAGACAGGAAUGGAAAAUGUGUGCAGUGUAGAGUGGAAAAUACCCCUGAUCUAAAGAAGUGCACUGGGUUUUGUGCUUGCUGGUUGGUUGUGGUGGUGUAUGCACGUUAAGCACCAGAAGGAUCGUCGCCGGAUAGAAAUGAAACGUGGAGAGGAUGACUAACGACAGAACUGUGAAUUUGUUCUCUGGAGUUGCUAAUUUCCCACCCCGAAGCAACACAUUUCGCAAAGAGCAAACGUUUGGCUGCUGCUGAUUUCUCCAAAACUGGUGGUUUAGCAGAUGCUUUGUGCUGUAUGUGUUGGAUCAGAUCCUUGCUGAGCCGCAGCAGAUCGGCAAAGGUACACAACCAGUUUGCUGUCUCCAAAUAAGAAAUGAGAUGUAAUGCAUCCUGCAGUCCAUGCACGCCUCCUCUUGCAAAUCGUGCACCAUUCCUCCGUGGAAACCUUUAAAUCCUAAAAUCCAGAAAAAGAGAAUAAACACAUUAUCAUGGACCUGAGGGAUUUUUACCUGUUGGCUGCUCUGAUUGCCUGUUUAAGGCUGGAUUCAGCUAUAGCUCAAGAACUUAUUUACACUAUUAGAGAGGAGCUGCCUGAAAAUGUACCCAUAGGAAACAUACCAAAGGAUCUGAACAUUUCUCACAUCAAUGCUGCCACAGGGACCAGCACCAGCCUUGUCUACAGACUGGUUUCUAAAGCAGGGGAUGCCCCUUUGGUCAAAGUGUCCAGCACCACCGGGGAAAUCUUCACCACGUCUAAUAAAAUAGACAGAGAAAAACUCUGUGCUGGAGCCUCCUAUGCUGAAGAAAAUGAGUGUUUUUUUGAACUUGAAGUGGUGAUUCUCCCCAAUGACUUUUUUAGGCUGAUCAAAAUAAAAAUCAUUGUAAAAGAUACCAAUGACAAUGCACCUAUGUUUCCAUCCCCUGUCAUCAAUAUUUCCAUACCUGAAAACACGUUGAUCAACAGCCGCUUUCCAAUUCCAUCAGCAACUGAUCCGGACAUUGGUUUCAACGGUGUACAGCACUAUGAACUGUUAAAUGGGCAGAGUGUCUUUGGAUUGGAUAUUGUUGAAACUCCGGAAGGAGAGAAAUGGCCUCAACUGAUCGUACAGCAAAACUUGGAUAGAGAGCAGAAGGACACCUAUGUGAUGAAAAUCAAAGUAGAGGAUGGAGGAACCCCUCAGAAAUCCAGCACAGCCAUACUGCAAGUCACAGUAAGUGAUGUCAAUGAUAACAGGCCAGUUUUCAAAGAGAGUCAGGUGGAGGUUCACAUACCAGAGAAUGCCCCAGUAGGCACCUCUGUAAUUCAGCUUCAUGCUACAGAUGCAGAUGUAGGAAGCAAUGCAGAAAUCAGAUAUAUUUUUGGUGCCCAAGUUGCCCCUGCAACCAAAAGGCUCUUUGCUUUAAAUAACACAACAGGGCUGAUUACAGUGCAGAGGUCCUUAGAUCGAGAAGAGACUGCUAUUCACAAAGUGACAGUGCUGGCCAGUGACGGUAGCUCUACUCCUGCUCGGGCAACUGUUACCAUCAACGUCACUGAUGUAAAUGAUAACCCUCCUAACAUAGACCUCAGGUACAUUAUAAGUCCCAUCAAUGGCACAGUAUACUUAUCUGAGAAAGAUCCUGUCAAUACAAAGAUUGCCCUAAUUACAGUUUCAGAUAAGGACACUGAUGUGAAUGGCAAAGUGAUCUGUUUUAUUGAGAGAGAGGUCCCAUUUCACUUGAAGGCAGUUUACGACAACCAGUAUUUGUUAGAGACCUCUUCCUUGUUGGACUAUGAGGGCACCAAAGAAUUCAGCUUUAAAAUUGUUGCCUCUGAUUCUGGCAAGCCCAGUUUGAACCAGACUGCCCUGGUAAGAGUUAAACUGGAGGAUGAAAAUGACAACCCUCCAAUUUUCAGCCAGCCUGUAAUUGAGCUGUCAGUUUCUGAAAACAACCGUCGUGGUCUAUACUUAACAACUAUUAGUGCCACAGACGAAGACAGUGGGAAAAAUGCAGACAUUGUUUAUCAGCUUGGCCCUAAUGCCUCCUUUUUCGAUCUGGAUCGAAAGACGGGAGUUUUGACAGCCUCCAGAGUUUUUGACAGAGAAGAGCAAGAACGUUUCAUUUUCACUGUAACAGCAAGGGACAACGGCACCCCUCCUCUGCAGAGUCAAGCGGCUGUAAUUGUUACUGUGCUGGAUGAAAAUGACAACAGUCCCAAAUUUACUCAUAAUCACUUUCAGUUUUUUGUAUCUGAGAACUUACCAAAGUAUAGCACUGUGGGAGUGAUCACAGUGACCGAUGCAGAUGCAGGGGAAAAUAAAGCAGUGACCCUUUCCAUCCUGAAUGAUAAUGAGAACUUUGUGCUGGAUCCUUACUCUGGAGUUAUAAAGUCCAAUGUUUCUUUUGAUCGAGAACAGCAGAGCUCGUACACCUUUGACGUCAAGGCCAUUGAUGGAGGACAACCUCCUCGCUCUUCUACAGCGAAAGUAACAAUAAAUGUCAUGGACGUUAAUGAUAACAGCCCAGUUGUCAUCUACCCACCUUCUAAUACUUCUUUUAAGUUGGUGCCACUCUCAGCAAUCCCAGGCUCUGUCGUAGCAGAAGUAUUUGCUGUGGAUAUAGACACUGGAAUGAAUGCUGAACUUAAAUAUACAAUUGUAAGUGGAAAUAACAAAGGUUUAUUUCGUAUUGAUCCAGUGACAGGUAAUAUUACUCUGGAAGAAAAACCAGCUCUUACUGAUGUGGGGCUGCAUCGUUUAGUGGUCAACAUAAGUGACUUGGGUUAUCCUAAAUCCUUGCAUACUCUUGUGCUUGUAUUUUUGUAUGUAAAUGACACUGCUGGAAAUGCCUCUUAUAUUUAUGACUUGAUACGUAGGACUAUGGAAACACCCUUGGACCGGAACAUAGGGGACAGUAGCCAACCCUAUCAAAAUGAGGACUAUCUUACUAUCAUGAUUGCUAUAGUGGCAGGUGCUAUGGUUGUGAUAGUGGUGAUAUUUGUCACGGUUCUGGUUCGCUGUCGACAUGCAUCUAGGUUCAAAGCGGCACAAAGGAGCAAGCAAGGUGCUGAAUGGAUGUCUCCCAAUCAGGAGAACAAACAGAACAAGAAAAAGAAAAGGAAGAAAAGGAAGUCUCCUAAAAGUUCUCUUUUGAACUUUGUUACCAUUGAGGAGUCGAAACCUGAUGAUGCUGUUCAUGAACCUAUCAACGGGACAAUAAGCCUUCCAGCUGAGCUGGAGGAGCAAAGUAUAGGAAGAUUUGACUGGGGCACAGCACCACCAACAACCUUUAAGCCUAACAGUCCUGAUCUUGCUAAGCAUUACAAAUCUGCCUCUCCACAGUCUGCUUUUCAUCUUAAACCUGACACUCCAGUAUCAGUGAAAAAGCAUCAUGUGAUUCAGGAACUUCCGUUGGACAACACCUUUGUUGGUGGUUGUGACACCCUUUCCAAACGCUCUUCCACUAGUUCAGAUCACUUCAGUGCCUCAGAGUGCAGUUCCCAAGGAGGCUUCAAGACAAAGGGCCCCUUACACACCAGACAGAUGCUCCACCCAUCUGAGGAUCCUCUCCUUUAUAACAUCUUCGUUGCAAAACUGCCUACAAGACAGUGAAUCUGGUUCACAGUCAGUACUUACUCAGCAGGAGACAUUUCUCACUCACAUUUGAUACCUGCUGGCUGCUGCUUUCAAUUAUGCCCUAUACUGGAGAGCAGAACUGUUGAAGUAACGGAAUCAAUGAUGUAAUCAAACUAGUUAAAAUGCUAGCAGGGUAGCUACAGGGUUCUGGACAUUGUCUAAUUCCUGCCAUAAGCAAAAUAGUGACAAGUCCUGCUAUUGUUUUGUUGCUUUUUUAGAUGGCAAAAAAGUAGACAUUUGUUCAUUAUAUUGCGAAAUCACAUCCCGGGAUAUUGUUGAAUCUGCCCUGCAGCUAAUUAUCAGACGAUUGUAGGUAAUGAAAAUAACCUUUCCCUUCCACUAGGAAUAUAGUAUUGAUCAAGUAGAUGCAUUAUUUUUGUGUGUUCCUGGUCCUGUGGUACAUAUGGAUUUAUUUGAUAUGAAUUAAUGGUACUGUUUCCCAGAAUUUGGGUAUUGGUGUUUUACCAGAGGAAGGGGCAUUUAAUACAUUGCAUCUUGGCACUGAGAAUGACCAGAGACAGUAGGCCUAUUUCACAUUUACACUAAGACUAUUUAACAAUGCUCUGGUUGUGGAAAGGGGCCUUAAAUUGGGUAUAAACACAAUUUACCCUGGGUCUAAUUCUGGUCUCACACUGGUUUUCCAUUAAUGCAAUUCUAGUUACAUCACUGAUGUUAUCCUGUGUGGAAGAGUAGAAUCAGACCCAUAGCCUCUCUGCAGUUCUCCUCCUCCUCUUUCUCACACACCCCACAGCACACAUUAUAUGGGAGGAAGGUUCUACGGCCCUUCUGGAGCCCUCAGAAUCGCCAGCAUAAAUUUUUCCCCUUCGCAUCUUCUUACCGCCAUCCUUCUUCUACUGAGGCUGCCUGGAUGGCAGUCCCUUGGGCACUCUUGAGUGGUUGCUGUUUAUUAAUGUGAGGUAUUCUGUCUCUUUGAAUAGCAAGAAUGCAAGAAAAGAAGGGUAAGUCCUCCCCCCAUAAGGCAAUUCAGAGCAUGACCAGUAGGCUGGCCAAUUUAUGCUAUUGUAAUAAUAUCUUCACUUCAGGGCUGUAUCUAACAUCUAGCUCUGUCUUCUGUGUUUUGAUUGUUUUAUCAUGAGGUUUUCCAAGUAUUAUAUACAGCCUUUAAAAGCUAGAGCUCAAAUCCCACUUCUGAAGAAGAACGUGGUAUCAGAGGACUAACAGUAAUACAGAUCUAAGUAGUGGUGUGAUUCACUAGAGGUGACCUGCAGUAUAGUGAGUAGUUGUAAAGGCAUUGUAAUAAUCUCUGAUGUUACAUGCCACUUGUUACAUGCCCUACAUUUUUCCUCUUACAUAUCUCCUGCAUGCAAUUUCCAAUUGGGAUUCAUUUUAAUGUAUCCUUAAUAUGUUCCUUAACAUGUUAAUGGCACUUUAACAUCUUAAGAAAAGAGGGCCAGUGCCAAAACUAUGGAAGACUCUUUAACCAACAUACUAGUUUAAAUAAUUCAGCACUCAUAGUUUUAAGACCCAAGUGUAGAUGUAAAAAUUAGAUGCAUGUUUGGGGAGAUCACUACUGUCAGACUUCAAUCUUAAGGACAUAAAGAAGCUGUACACUUAACACAAACUUGUACUGUUUUGAAAUAUCAGAGGGGUAGCCGUGUUAGUCUGGCAUGCGUCUGACGAAGUGGGCAUUCACCCACGAAAGCUUAUGCUCCAAUACAUCUGUUAGUCUAUAAGGUGCCACAGGACUCUUUGUUGCUGUUUUGAAAUAGAUGCCAUGUGUGAGAACAGAAUGUCAAGUUUAGUGUAGGAGACCUGUGGUAAUUUAAUGUAGUGUAACAAAACAGUGACAUCCAUUAUUUUAAAUCCAAGACCAUCAGAAUUUCAAAGUAUGCUUCUCCCGCUUACUGUGGCAAUGUACUUUAGAGGAGGCUUUAGAGAAAUUACUUGACUCUUAGGGCAAGUCAACACUACAGCAUUACUUUGGCACAGCUGCACUGAUGCAACUGCGCCAAUGCAGCGCAUCUGGUGAAGACGUGCUAUGCCGACAGGAGAGCAGUCUCCCGUUGGCAUAAUUACUCCACCUCUGCGAGAGACAGAAACUAUGUCAGUCGGAAAAUAUCUCCUGCUGACAUAGUGCCGGUGUGGACACCACUGAGGUCGCUGUAACUUGUGACACUCAGGGGGGUGUCUUUUUCACACCUCUGAGUGAUGUAAGUUACAUCGACUUAAGUGGUAUUGUAGAUCAGCCCUUAGAAAAACACUAUCAAGAGGAACUUGGUUUGUCCCUUGUCUGGAUUGGAGUAGCCAUUCUGAUAUAUUAACCUGAAGACAAAGGGCCAAAUCAUGGUGUGCUUACUCAGGUGAAAUACUCAUUUGCAUCAUUUAGAGUUUUGCUUGAGUAAGGACUGUUUUCCCGUAAUCACUGAGUUCCUUGGACAAACCAUUUUGACUCUGAUCCAGUAAAGCAGAGCAAGUUUCUUCAUCUGGCACAUUAAAUGGAAGCUCUGCUAGAAAAGGAAAUGUAGUAUUUUGCCUUUGCAUUUCAAUUGAGUCAGAAUUUAUUAUUUUAAGCUUAUAGGGUGAUAAGCAUCUCCAAGCAAUGUAACAUCAUUUACAAAGCCAGGUGACAGAUCGCUUAAAUACGAGGAUACAAUUAGGCAUGUGGAUUCUAUUAAUGACAACAAAAAUAAAUGAAUGUCAUGUGCAAGCUUCCCUGUGCAGUUCUUUCAGAUUAACUCACUUCUGACUUGCAGCACUCCUGCUGUUCGAGUCUGGGAUCUUUCUUUGACGCAGAAAGUCUUUUAUGCAAAUUUGCAUGGUGGGCAAGUAUCCCAGAGAAAAUAGUUUAAAGUCUAAACCCACUUCCACUUUUGACCAGAUUUAGAUUUGAACCAGUAUAGCGUGUAUAGCAGUGUGCAAGUAGGACCUCUCACACACAGUUUUUCUUAAACGACCCAGGUCCUGAUUCUCUUCUCACCCACUGCAUUGAUUUCAGUGGAAUUACUCAUGAUUUAUACCAGUGUGAGAAGAGAAAGAAUUAGACUCAUGAUUUCUAAAACAAGUAGGGGAUUUUUUCCCACUUGCAUUCAAGCUUGUGAUAAACUCUUAGAUUUGUGCCCAAAAAUAUGAAAAGAAGUCACCAGCUGUUCUGCAGCUCUUUAGGCAAUUAUCACUGAACACACACCAUGGUUCAAAAUGCCAUGAGCACAAAGAACUGCAGAAAGCAAAAUCUAUGUAAAUUGCAAACAAACAAGUGAUGCAAACACUAAUAGUACUUCUUGGUUAAUACAUAUUGAUUGUAAAAUCUAAACAACAUUUCAGUAAUCCAAUAAAUGUUUCGAUUUAUAUAAUAAAUGAUUGGAGGGUUCAUGAAAACAGAAUGUUUGGAAAUGAAUUUCUCUCUGAGCAGUAUUGAAUAUAUUCUAUUUAUGGAUCCAUAAUAUUUGUUAAAGAGCUUAGUGAAACCAGUAGACACAACAGGGCGGGCAUUAGGCUGAGAUCAUAGCAGCAGCUCCAUGCUUUGGUUGCUGUGAGAGUCACAAGAAGAAAUAGAUCAUGUUGAAUAGGAAGUGAGAAAUAGUGUAAUCUGAUGAUUUGGUAUUUUGGCAGAGUUCCUUUCUUACUAUCAAUUAAAGGAGAUAUUUAAGACUAUACUGAAAAACUUGCCAUUGUUACUGUGACAUUAUUUUUGCUAUCAUUCAUGGAUUUGACAAUACAAAGCAAAAACGUUUGUAGAUCAUGGAAGCAGGAGAGGGCAGAAGGACUUGGACACUCCAUUGAGUAGCUCAGUACUCUCCACCUUUAGGAUGCAGUGUGAUUGGCUGGAACAGUAUGCCUGCACCAGGCCUCAAGUUGGAAUCGGCAUGUUCAGGGUGCCUAGAAGUAAAGAUGAUUGCUUUCCCUGAUAACUUUUUGCCCUGAUUUCACAUUGUUCUCCUGGGUCCUCAGAGUCUAGGGGCUGGAUUCUGCCAUCUCUUGAAAACCAGUUUAUGGGACUUUUGUGACUUUAGCACUUCUUAUGCUGCAGUGAGCUUAAGCCCUCCUCCUGCUCUGGGGACUUUGGCUUCUCUGCAUGUUUGCUAAUGGCAGGGAGCAUGAUGAUAUUCCCCCCUCUCCUUUGGGCUACUACUCACAGUUAGUUACCUUUGUUUUAUUUCACAGAAAAAUAAAUGCUUACAGGCAAGACUCAUUAACUUUGUGAAGUAAAACAAAUGGGGACAUAAGUAGUUCUCUGGUAUCUCCUUUGACUCGCAUUGUUUCACCAGAAGAUAACUACGCUAGUUGAUGAGGAGGGCUGGUGUAAUGUUCAGCAGAAACUUCUAUCUUCUAUGUUUGAACACCAGCAGGAAUUCCAGGCCUGAUUCUGAUCUCUUUUGUGCCGGUGCAAAUCAGGAGCAAAUCUAGAGAAGAAAAUAGGGAUACACUGGUGUAAAACUGAUAGAUGUGAGAGGAGAAUUGGGCCUUCUGCACAGAAGUGGAGGUUUUUUUAAACCUGGUGUUUUCAGUAUGUUAGUUUAAUUUGCAUCGUUCACAGAAUUUCAUCUAUUUCUUACACAUUUGUCUUCUUCCUCAGAUCCCCCUAGGGGGGAGGGACAGCUCAGUGGUUUGAGCAUUGGCCUAUUAAACCCAGGGUUGUGAGUUCAAUCCUUGAGGGGGCCACUUAGGGAUCUGGGGCAAAAUCACUACGUGGUCCUGCUAAUGAAGGCAGGGGUCUGGACUUGAUGACCUUUCAAGGUCCCUUCCAGUUCUAGGAGAUAGGAUAUCUCCAUGAAUUUUUAUAGCUCCCUACUUUUGCAGGAGGAAUACAUAUAAAUGAAAGUGUGUGCUCUUUAAUAAGAAGUAGAAGUCUUUACUAGGAGGGGCUGAGAUUUGGCCUGAAGUGAUAACUGCAAUAAGUAAGCUUGAGAGAAGUGAAUCCUGCUUUUUUUGUUGCCAUGGUGUUGUUUGUCAUUGUGGGUGUUACUACUAUGUGGACUUCAGCGGGUAGGUGGCUUAGACAAAGGCUUGCUCGGUAAAAGAUACAGCUAUGGAGAUACAGCUGUUAUGCUUGGACCAGCAUUGUGGAAUUGCUAGCACACAUUGCACUUCUCUGUGGGCUGGUCCACACUAACCCCCCACUUCGAACUAAGAUACGCAACUUCAGCUACGUGAAUAACGUAGCUGAAGUCGAAGUAUCUUAAUUCGAACUUACCGCGGGUCCACAUGCGGCAGGCAGGCU